AUUUCAUUUAACUAGCGUGUCGCGUGACUGUGUCUGCUGUAAAAAACUUCUAUAUGCGACAUACAAGUGACAGAACGAGUAAUUGGCCAAUCCUAAUUUGAUAAUUCUCGCAGACUGUUAGAGGGACAGGCCGCCAUGUUAUUGAUGUCAGGACCCAAGAUGCGGCUUUCUUUCGAGCUCAUGUUCUUCAUAGUGGUGGUUCUGAUCGACAGCGGUUACAGUCACAAAAGAACCUUCACCAGAUGCCAGCUUUCGCGGGAAUUGUUGAGAUAUAAUUUUCCAAGAACACUUAUUCCCAAUUGGGUAUGUCUGAUCGAGCACGCAAGUGGCAGAACAACAGACAAGCUGACGAAUCAUAACAACUCCUACAGCAGCUACGGACUAUUUCAAAUUAACAACAAAGAUUGGUGCAAAAAAGGCAGAAAAGGAGGAAACUGCAGUAUGAAAUGUGAAGAUCUACUAAAUGAAGAUUUAGCUGAUGACGUGAGAUGUGCUAAACGUAUCUACGAUCGCGUCGGAUUUAAGGCAUGGCCUUCUUCUUACGCUUACUGCAAAGAAAAAAGCCUGCCGGAUCUAUCAAGAUGCUAACUUCAAUAACAAAACAAAUAUUGCAUAUUAAUUCAUUAAAUUAUAACUUUUAUCUUUCAUUAAUUAUAUUUUCGCAAUGUUUCUAGUUUAGUUUUUAGUGAGUAAGUUUUGUCAUUUUAAGAAUAUGAUAAAGAUAGGCCAAAAAUUGUGUUCUCUA